AAUAGCCCACCUAAAACCUAAUCUCUUGAACCAAAAGUUGAAACAUCCUAUAAUCCUCCAAAUACUCCGCAAGGUUACAUUUUUGCAGUGAAAAGGGAAGAUGAGUGCUGCUUAUCCACCAGUUAUAGAAUGAUCAAGAUUGGGCUUUUAUGUCAUAGAAGAAUAUCAUCAAUAAAACAUUGCUUCAGCAACAUUUUUCAUCAAGAUUUGCUUAGCUGUAGCAGAGGAAUGGUGACACUAAUAGUGGCUACCACCAUAGACCCUGCUUCCAUUGGCCCUGCAUCUGCCCUUCUAGCCAUGCCUGGAUGGCACCCUGGUCCUCCCAUUCAGGAUGUGCCAAGUUUUGUGAAUCGAGAUGUAAGGCUAUUGAAACAUGAUAGCAGCAUUGUGAAAGAGGACCACCUGGACAUGCGUUGGGAAGAUACCACAGGCGAGACGGUUGAUGAGGUUAUCUUUCUUAGCAAGCACACUGCUGCAUCUAAUCGUCCUGCACUUACAGUUCACCCCAUAGGUGUGCCUCACCUAACAGAGGGGGACCAGCUGCCGGUAGGUGGGAAGCCUGCCUGGGCUGCACCACCGAAUCCACGUAUAGGACCGUGGUUUAGACUAUUGAAAUCUAUUGCUGACUCACAGAAUCUAACUCCUGAAUUCGAGGUCACAUUGGAAGCUACACAUCAUGGUCCUGUAACUAAUGCACCCACAAUGUUUGUAGAGAUCGGCAGCACAGAGGAGUACUGGAAGAGGCAGGAUGCUGCACAAGCCAUUGCCUUAUUAGUCUGGGAAGGACUAGGGCUCGGGGGAGGGGAUGCAGUGGGGGAUUGGAGCAGAAAUUGUUGUCUGCAAAAGAUUCUCCUAGGAAUUGGUGGGGGACAUUAUGUACCACGGCAUAUGGAUAUAGUUCGGAAAGAUGGAGUUUGGGUUGGACACCUUAUUGCUGGAUAUUCAUUACCAAUGGAGGACCCUGGUCCGUCCAAAUCGCAGUCCAACUUGGAGGUGGGUGGAACUUGGAAACAAGCAAUCAGAGUUGCUUUUGACACUACUAGCGCAGCUUUUCCUCAAGGAGAAGUACUAGCACAUCUCGAUAACAAGAGUUUCAAAGGUUGGCAAAGAAAUGCUAUAGUUGGAUUUUUAGCAGAGCAGAACAUUAAAGUUGGGAAGCCAAGUGAUUUCUGCUAAUUCUAUUACAUUUCUCUCUUUUAUUGCAACUUGUAAGAAAUAAAUUCUACUUAGUGAUCUACUAUCAGUUCAAAGUUUCUAUGGUGAAAUAUUUGAGUAAACAUAAAAGCCAGAAAUUAGUUUGUUGUUUAUAUUAAAUCAAAGUUUCUAUGGUGAACUUUGAAAUAGCAUGACAGGAAAUGAGUGAUAAUUACUCCAUUGAGUAUGUUAUUA